CCAACAGUAUUUGUUUACUUUCAGCCGCGGUCGUGUCCAGCUCCGUCGCUGCGACCCCUGUCCGGUCCGAUCGCUCGACUCUUUUUACCACGUAACCCUACUGUGAUAUAGUCAGAACUGAAGAGACAUUUUAGCCCCGGUUUUGAUUUUUCCGCGGUGUUUCAUCCCCUUGAGAUACAUUUUAUUUUUAAGAUAUAUUAGGUCACUGGUUUAUUAUAUUGAAUUUGCGGGUUUUUAUCUCGUUUCGUGUGGUGUGUGAAGACGUCGUGAUUUUUUGAGCCUUGACGGAAGUAUCGACUUUGACGGCAAAUUUUCGGAAUUGAAACGGAUAUUAUUAGUCGAGGCGGGAGUAGAAGCAAACAGGGCUCAUAUAAUUGCUUGGAAAACUUAAUGUCAGCUGGAAUAAUUAUCAGGGAACGGCUUAAUGUGUUACCAUUACUCACACGUGUUUUUACACUUUGUCAAUAUCCACCCAAUUUGCAUUUCCACUCCUGAAAUCAGUGCAUGUAAAAUCGUUGUGACGCAUAAAAAAGAAGUUCAAUUUCAUGCCCCGGUCAGUGUGUACUAAAACUGUUUUUGCACAUCCAUUAGAAAAGGGAGUGCGUGUGUUUGUGCAAUGAUAUUUCCCAAAUCUAAAUUUUCAAGUAAUUUUCCAACCGUUUUCGACAGUGGAUUAAACUUGACGCAAAAAGUGUAAAUACAUCUUGUGACCCGCGACUUCCAGAAUUGACCUCCCGCUCUAACUUUGAAAGCGAUGGAGGAGCCGACAACGGUGCCGUCCGAGGUGGAGACGACCCCGACCCCGCUCUCGAUCCCCGACGUGAUCCGGCUGCACCUCCGCAACUCCUCGCUGGACCCGCGGCUCAAGCUGGAAGUGGUCGACUCCCGGGAGAUCCUGUCCAGGAUCACCAACGACAUCGUCCCGCAGGCGGUCGACCGGUACCUCUCGGCCCGCAACUACUACAACGUCACCUCCGCUCCCGCCCCCGACGCCGUCUCCCUCCCGCUCAACGAGACGCAGUGCGUUCGCAGUCACAUCCCCGCCGUCGGAGAAUACCUGGCUGCCAUUAAUGUUGGCGGCAUUGCGGUCUGUUCUCUGGGAGCUUUAGUCGUCAUUACAAUUCUAGUUUUAUAUGUUGACACGCUAAAACACAUCUUACAUCAUGUGCCGUCUAUUGCCAAGACUAACUCUGUAUUCGUCAUUAGCGUUUACCCGGUGGUUGCAAUCGUCACUUACUGUGCAAUUGUUGUACCUCGCGCUCAUCUGCUGGCAGAAGCGAUCACUCAAGGCAUGUUUAUGGCAUGCCUGUAUCAGCUAUUCUGUCUGUUCAUCGCCUAUGCUGGUGGAGAGUCAGAGCUCAUUCGUCGGACUCAGAGCACAGCCAUCAUCAUGCAAGUGCCACCCUGCUGUUGCUACCCUUGUUGUAGUUUUUUACCCACCCUCGCUAUCAGCAAGAGAAAUGUGAAGUUGUUGAGGCUUCUUGUGUUGCAGCUACCUGUAGUUCAAGGCCUUGUUUAUCUGAUCCUACUAGUAAUGUGGGCUGAAGAGGAGAGUUUAUAUCAAGUAAACUACCUGUAUCUGCAGCCUGUUGUGAUUGCAUCCAUCCUCAGCGGGGUCUGGGGUAUGAUAAUGAUGAUCCGUAUGGUCAGUGACUCCCUACCAGACUACAAAUUACAACAAAAGUUUGUGUGCCUCCAGUUGGUCCUUGUCUUAGCAAAGCUCCAGGGUUUGGUCCUAAGGAUUUGCGUUUGGGCUGAUUUGUUCCCCUGUAGAGCCCCAGUGACCUCUGCGGUAUAUGCCAAUUUGUUGUACAACUCGGCAAUGCUUUGGGAGAUGAUGAUCCUGUGCUCAUUUGCCCGCAUGCUGUAUAAAAAAUAUCUGCCAGAGGUUUACUUCACCAAGCCUGUUCAGUUUCCACGCCACAUCAUCGGUGUCAUUGACAAGCUGGCCAAAGAAGAUCUGAAAAAUGACAGAACCAGGGAGGAUACGAAAACCACUUCAGCCAGGGAUAAAUUUUGACUCGAAGAAAUGAUUUAAAUUUUCUAUGAUUUUUUACUCCCUGAAGAGGUAUAAUGGUCUGUGGUAAGGCAGUAAAUGAUGGAAAAAAAAUUUCCCCUCUGAAAAUAUCAAAGGACCCAGUGAUGUAAAAGACUGAAUUUUUUUCCAAAAAUGUGGACUUCGAAUUUGUGUUUAUGUCUAUUUUUAUUUUUAGACUUUAAGGGCACUUAUAUUCUUCUUAUUCUUCAAAGUAAAUUGAAGUUGUAAAGUCUUGAUUUCUAAAAGAAUUCCUGUGAAGGUAACAGAUCUCAUUUUAAUCAGUUUUGAGCCAGUGUCUUCUCUCUUAGGCACUACUCUUUCAGACAUCCCUAAAUAUCCCUUUUCUAUUGAUGAUCCUUAUUUUUGACAAAUAUCUACCGGCCAGACAUUACAUGAGUAGAGUAGUUACAGCCUCUCAUCAUGUAAAAAAAGUAUUCACAAAGUAGUCAAAUGUACGACAGAAAAUAUCUUAUUUCAUUAUUUGCAAGAGGCGGGAGAGUAUCUCUUAUACAAAAUCAUGACUUAAUGUGACUGCCUCAUCAUCUUGUCGGAUUUUUUUACUUUUCAUUUGACUGCAGGGUAAAGUGUGUAAAGUGGAAACAGAUUUAUGGGUCUCAUUAAUGCUAAGAGUCAGUUCAAAUCAUACUGAAUAAUAAUGAUGUGAACCAAAAAAAGGCGCUUGUCAAAGUUCUUGCAAUAUCAAAUGACGAGUUCUUAAUAUUACCUGCCUUAAACAAAGGUUCUUCAUUGUAUUCAUUCAUUUAUUUGUUUUUAUUUUCGCGUAUUGAUAAAACCACUGUCAUGUAAUUUUUCCCUAUUUUAAUUGUGACUACAUAUAAAUGUGUUGGAAAAAAACCCCACUGAAGUAUUUCCAAUUUUCUGUCCUACGCUUCAUAAUUAUGAUUCUAAUCCAUGUAUUUACUAAUACCUAAAUGAGAUUUGUCAAAAUUUGUGGUCAUCGUUCACCUCAAGUGCACUAAUGCAAGGCACUGAAUUUUUCUAUAAUGAGAAUAAUUAAAUGGAGAGAAUUUUUUUUAUCUUUGAGAAAUAAUUACAAUAAAGUAUUCUAAGGACAUA